AUGGCAAUUUGUGGAGCCCUGAUGAACCACGAAGAUCUCAGUUUCCUGCUCAAUGAAGUGUUCAGGUUUAGAGCUAAAAUAGAACUGGACAAGAAGCUGGUGAACACCAAGAUAGAAUACCCAAAUAUUUUUUAUCCGUUGAGUUCGGCAACUCGCGGGGUUGACCUGAUCAGAGAACAGCUUGCAGGGCGUGAAAAUAUCGACAUCCUGUGUCUGAAAGAAUUCCUGAUCCAUCAGCAAAAGGGACUGCCUUGUAUUAGCAUCUAUAUAAAGGACGAUGCGGAAGAGGAUUACAGGAUACUUUACAAAAACAAAACGUAUUACCUGUCUAUAAGAAUGGAGGGCAGUAAUACAGCGAACAUUGGCACGGCUGCCGAUAAUAGCAACGCAGAUGGUAAGCGAUCGGACGAGAAUGCGGUCAACGGCAGAACGAACUCCAGAGCCAUCGAAAAUGCAUUCAAAGAGAUUUUUGAGAUGGAGACCAAUCGCAUACUCAAGCAGCCAACGAAAUUCUACGAUUUCCUGCAGAAAACCGAUGAAAAAGCGUAUGCAAACUUUUUCCAGGGAAACUACACGGAGGCGUGCAGGCUGUUCGCGAAGAACGAGAAAAGGGUGUACUGCGAGAUGAUGCGGAACAAGAGGCUCAGUCUCGAUCCAGAAUUGUUCAAUUACAUCACAGGCAAGGACGAAGAGAAUCAGAUUAACAUAGAGCGCCUUACACUCGUUUAUUUCAUUGUCUUGUAUUCUAAGAUGACCGAGAAUUACACACACUAUGCAUUUUUAUACCAUCUGAUCGACUUUGAGAACGAGUACAUCAACAUCGUUCUGAGCGUAGAGAUGGCAAACAUGAUGAAUAUCCUUGGUACACACAGAAAGAAGCAGAUAUUUCUGCUGUACAGUGCAGCAUUAUUGCUGUACAACGCGGAAUAUUAUGAAAAAGCGACAAAAAUACUUGCAAACCAUUUUUUGGGUAGUACAUUGCACCUGAAAUGCCUUGUAAGCACGGCAACGAACAAUUUAUCCGGUAAUAAAGCGCUGGAGCACGCCUUACAACGAUAUCGCAGCAAUGCCAGGCUUAAUUUUGAAUUGAUGGAUAUUCUGGAGCGAUUCCCAGGUAUUAUUCUGGGCGUAAAACUAAAUUACAAACUUUUUAGAGUCUAUCUGAACAAUCUUCUACCGUAUGAUGGUGCACUCUCCGAUGAUGAGGAAUUAUUAAUCCGGAUUUAUGAUGAUAUUGAGGAUGUGGAGGUGGUGCACGAGCUGAUGGAUUCCGCGGGUGUACAAAAUGACAGCAAAUCACAGAUACUGGAGCAUGACAAUACGGUCGAAGAAUCGGUGGAGUACAGGGUAGGAAAAGGUGAAGGAUGCACGGAUAUUCAUAUCCGGUCAAAGGCAUCGUUUUUAGUGCGCAACAUUUCGUUCAAAAUACCGAGAAGGACAGCGAAGUUGAAAUGCGAACUUGGUAAGGAAAUACGUGUGAAUGAAGACGCGCACUUCUUAAAGAUUGUUAAUCAGGAACGAGAUGUGAUUUUUAGUGCGUAUCAAAAGACCGAGUUUGUGUUGAAGGUGAUUUCGAACAAGGCGAGAAUGGCAUCGAUAAAAGUUAACGAGAAAUUUAAGUUUUACAGACUGCUUGAAUACGGUGAGAACGCUAUCAAGUUUGAUUGCCGGUUUGAAGAAGGAACGUACACCCUAGUCUUUGUUAUUAGACCUACCUUGUGUGAUUACGCUGUGCAUGAGGAGGCGAGCAGAGAUAUUUGCGCGUCUGCCCUCGAAUACAGGUUGAGUGCCAUGGUGGUGAAGUCUCUUGGUGUGAAGGUUAAUGCCGAUGAUGUGCUGAGCUGUUUGGAAGUGAAAAUGAAGAAUUUUACGGCGAGAGAACUUAAUUUAGAAAAUAUCAAAUUUUUGAAUGACGGCUACCAAUUAACUGGCAUUGGUACUGCUUUUGAUAGGAGAAAGCGGGCAGAAAGAAUUGUUGCAAGCAUUUCUGGCGAGUUGGUUGCACAAUAUGAUGAUUCGACAGCUGCCGACUCUAAGGAUCUCUGUAUCACGGAAAACAUCCAGAACAACCGAUUUAACUCAUUGGUGGAUGAGCAGCUAUCAGUCGGUGCGAUAGGAAAUAAAGACGAGCCGUUGGCCGUAAAAAUUGAUAGCGAUUCCGAACAAACCGCGUUUUUGUUUUUCAAACGCAGCGCGAGCAGCAAAGAGACAGUAAACCACGAUAAAAGCCUUGAACAGCUCAUUUUUGGUGAUAAUUCUACACAAAAAAAGAGUAUGGAUGGGUAUAGGGAGGUGUUCAUAAGAAACGCCUUCUGCUUGAACGGCUGGAUAUACCCGCGCAAGUUUGAGACCCAGGUUCUCAAUUUCUUUGCUGUCCCCAUGCCCCACGAACUACCAAUUACGUUCUACUUCGAUGGCAUCACACCGCUUAAACGCUACGGUUCAUUUUUCAGUUUCAAUACCAGCGGUUUCAAAGACAAAUUCUUUCAAACCAGGAAGAACGUGCUUGACUGGUCGAGCGACAGAUUAACGUUCAUCCAUCGACUUGAUCAAUUUUCUGAUACGCCCAAGGUGUGCAUAUUGAAUAUGCAAGGGCUGAGCUACGUCUUAGCAACUAACCCGUUGGAUAAACAGCAGCUCUUCGAAAUCAGAGUUGGACGGGUUAAAUUGUGCGAAUUGGUGCUUGGGCCCACGUGCACACGACUUGUUCAAUGGAGAAACGGUGAGCUAGAGCAGGAGAAUACGGUGAAGGUAGAGUGUUUGAGUGGUGCUGCCAGUGUAAUAUACGUAGAUUGAAAGAAACGGUCUAGCAAUGUUAUUUAUCGUUGUUAUAUUAUCGUGCUUGUUGUACGUGGUACAUGCCAUUAAAUUUGUAGGCAGUUAAUAUUACGCCAGGUAUCGUACCUGAUGCUCUUCUUAUUUUCCUCACCAUUCACCGUACUAUCAAUAUUUUUUACAUGGCGAGUUGGCACACCAUGGC